UUUUUUGAGACAGAUCUUGCUAAAAUUUCUGUGUUGGCGUAAAACAUGCAAUCCUGCCAAGCAGCCUCCGGAGGGACUGCACGUGCCCACUAUGCCCUGUGAGGGAAGCUGAAUUAUUGUCUCUACGGCGAGGGAGGCCCUCCGCAGAAGACGCAACAGGAAGGCUGUGAGAACGUUUGUUAACGCGAAGGACACGGUAUCCAUUUCCCUCCAGCUCCAAGGGAUCAGAAACUUCAGGGUACGGCUUCUUUAAGAGGCAAACCAAAAGCACUACAAAUCCCGGCCAGCCCCGAGGAUGAGGCGGAGUCUGUACUGCACUGCGCACGCGCCGUUCGCACGCGGUUCCGGGUCUUGGUGUUCGGUUCGCAGAACCGCAGACCGUCUUGAGCGAGGCUGUAAAAUUUAGGAAGCUGCUUCUGUCUCUCUCCGGUUCCCGGAUCGCCCGCCGUGUCACGUAGAGGUGAUCGGGGAGGGCCGCGGCUGGGUUCAAACUCGCGCUGAGCCGCGAUGACCCAGUCUUUGGUUUGCCCCGAGACCGUGAGCCGGGUGAGUUCUGUGCUUAAUCGCAACAGCCGGCAAUUUGGGAAGAAAUAUCUUUUUGACGAGGAUGAGGAAACAUGCUGGAAUUCCGACCAGGGCCCCUCCCAGUGGGUGACACUCGAGUUUCCCCAUCGUGUUCACAUCACACAGCUGCAGGUGCAGUUCCAGGGCGGCUUCUCCAGUCGCCACAGCUGCCUGGAAGGUUCACAAGGUGGGGACACCCUCAGUAAGAUUGUGGACUUCUACCCUGAGGACACCAACGCCCUUCAAACCUUCUCCAUUCCUACUGUGGAGGUGGACCGGCUGAAGCUGACCUUUGAGGACACCACGGACUUUUUUGGUCGUGUGGUCAUUUACCACCUGAGGGUGCUGGGUGAGAAGGCAGUGUGAGAGCAUUGGCCCACCUCCAGGAAGACCCCUGGGAGGCACCCAGAAGCCCUUCAACUUCUGCACAGAUUUAUUGGUUCCUGUUGGGGAGGAUCCCUUCCCACCACUGUCCAGGAGCUGCCUCAAGCCAGUUGUGGGGCAGCCUGGCUUAUUCCCUGAGUGCCUGGGUCCCCAGCAGGCCAUCUUCACUCUGGGUCUGCAGGCCCCAGAGUUCUCUGGAACAGUUGGAGGAUGUGGUUCUCCAUCACCUGUUGCACUGUGGGAGGAGGUGGGAGGCAGUGUGAGCAGGAGGGGGAGGUGUGAGCGGGAGAGGCUGCUGGAGGCCUUGAGCAGAGUGUAGCCACCAGGAGGUGACUCAGCCCAGCCUUGAGCCUGGGACCCUCAACGGUCCAGCAGGGUGGGGUGGAGCUACCUUGGGGCUGUUUUAAGAAGAGGCCCCUCCUCCACUUGGUGCUUCCCACCCACGCUAUCCACUAAGUCAGAGCAAUACCAGACCCUCAGCCAAUGUGACCACACCACUAUAGCUUUCCCAGCCUCCAGAACCAUGAAUCCAAAUAAAACUUA